CAUGCCAAGAGAGAGAUCUCGAAUCCGUGCUCGAGCUGGGGCUUGUGCGCGGCUCUGUUGCUGUGGAUAAAGCUCGCGCUGAACGCGUGUUACGCGAUCUAAAACGCAGAGAGGCGGAGUUUGGUUGAGCGUAAUCCGAAAGAAUCUGCUUUAAGACAGAACAGAGCGAGCCUCGCCCAGAUGGGCCCGGCUGCGCUGCAACCUCGUGCUGCUGGCCCGAGCUUUCGCUUCGCUUUGCAGUGAGCGAGUGAAUGAGGCAGUCAACUGAGAGGCGCUGCGGACAAUCACACCUGUUGACUGCGCAAUGGACGUAUGAGGGAGGCCGGGAGGCGCGAUUAAUUGUCCACGACUCCAUGACACCGUACGGGAUCGAGGUCGUCGACAGGAGGAGGCCUGCGAGGGUGAAUCCGCAGGUACUUUCUCUUUUGUCAUCUGUACGUCGCGGUCCUCGUUGUCAUGGUCCCCAAGAAACCGUUCUUCGGCUUCUCUUGCACAUUCACUCGUCCCAGAAACACCCUCGCCCUCCUUCGCACGGGCAGGCGAGGUGGAGACGAAGCCGCCCCCGGUGCUUCUCUUCAUGCCCUUGUUCAUCAUCAUCAUCAUCAUCAUCAGGAGCAGCAGCAGCAGCAGCAGCAGAGGGAGGGAAGGAGGCAGGCAGGUCUCAUCCAGUGGAGCUCGCAAUCGAACGAGCGAGCGUGCAUGCGCAGCGCUAGCUAGCGCUGUCACUGUCGCCCCAAUAAUGCGAUGAUGGGUAGUGGUCUCGACGGGACUCACAGUGAUCCGAAUCGCGAGUCGAGUCGGUUCGAGUUGCCCGAUUGAAUGGGUCGUGGCUCGGCCCCGGUCAAGCUGGAGGGAGACUCUUCAGCUGUCUCUCUGACAUUGAUUAUGUUGCGUCGGGCGACUGAUGAUGCCUUCCCGAGACGGAGACGGAGACGGGGACGAGGACAGGAUCAAGGACAAGAGUAGGUUCUCGCGUUGAGAUCCAUGGGCCAAUGACCAGCCGGGCUCAGGGCGCAGACUCGGCCGAUGAGGAGGAGGAGGAGGAGGAGAUCAUAUGGCUGUCGGAGAGAUCGGCAAAAUGUCUUGCCUCCGAGAGGUUGCGCCCGGCGCAAGAUGGAACCGAGCAGGGCAGGGCUUAUUACGCGCAUGAAGGUCGAAUCCCGGAUUCAUGCAUCAGUUCUCACCGCCUCGAAGGUACGGCUGCGAGUGUCAGCAUGCUCUGGGGACACCGUACCUUCAAAGGACAACGGCGUACGAGAGAGGAGAGAGGAUUCAGCCGAAGAUUCGUCUCACGGCCGCCCUGGCUGGCUGCUCAUGCUCAUGCUCACGACCACAACGCAACGCAUGUUCUCCCACGGCCCCGAAGGCUCUCACUCCCUCCCUCCCUCACUCACCUGUGGCGCUCGAGCGAGCCCCAGAGGCCCAGAGCGAAUCGUGCCAGAUUCCGCAUGAUUUGACUCGUCCCCAUUUCGUGUUGUGUACAUCAUCGAGCUGCUGCCAUCGAUCCACGUCCACUAAUAGCCUCCGACGCAGCCUGGAAAUUUCCCGAUACGGCAGCCCCCGAUCUAAACGACAAAUUCUACUCGCUCUCAGGCCGGCUCGCUGGCAGGCAGGCAGGCAGGCAGACCGGCGAAGAUCAAGCUCGCCACCGAUCGAUCGACCGCAACUCGGUCGAGCUCCGAUCUGGCCGUAAUUGAGCCAGCGACGACCUGGCCCUGGCCUCGGACGCAUGCCUUAUAAUAAGACGUACGAGCGUUGGUUGACACUCUCACGACCGACAAACGAGCCGGAUGGGGUUGCAGGCGAGCGGCUCCCAGCGGCCCUCCCCCGCCUCUGUGCUUUGUCGUAUC